AUGUCUUCAACAGUCUAUACGCCGUUUGGACAAUGGCCCGUGCCGCGCAACCCCUGGAGUGAAUCCAUGCAUUGGUUGAAUGCCACCGAAGUCGCAUGCGUUGUGCAUCGCAAACAAGCGAUCCGCAAGGAUGCAGGCAUGCCCUCAUGCUCUCAUGCAUGGACUCGGAGAAGCAUGUGGGAUAUUCGCCACUCGCAGGCAAUAGCAAAUGGCGAGACAACUCCGGAUGCUCCGAGCCCCGGCAGUGUGGCGAAUCUGUCUCGCAGGUCUAUCCAUAUCUUUCUGAGGCCCGUCAACUACAUUCCACAAGCCCUGCUCCGUGUUUCGUUGGGCGGCUAG